CCUGCACCCAGGAACAUGAAAGGGUUAGCCGGAAGCCGGAACCAGCCUCAGCUAUGUGCAGGUCAUACGUGCGGCCUGUCACCCGCUGAUGACUGCGAGCACCCCCAUGAUCACAUGCACCAUGGGCCAGACGUGCGGCAACCCUAUCUCCUCAGCCCGGCUGAGAGCUGCCCGAUGGACCACCACCGCUGCUCGCCCAGGAGCUCCGUCCACUCGGAGUGUAUGAUGAUGCCGGUCAUGCUGGGCGACCACGUGUCCAGCAGCACCUUCCCCCGGAUGCACUACAGUUCACACUAUGACACGAGGGACGACUGUGCCAUGUCCCACACAAGUACCAAGGUAAAUCGCAUCCCCGCCAACCUUUUGGACCAGUUUGAGAAACAGCUGCCCCUGCACAGGGAUGGGUUCCACACGCUGCAGUAUCAGAGGGCCUCGGCCACCACAGAGCAACGGAAUGAGAGUCCAGGCAGGAUCCGGCAUCUGGUCCACUCCGUCCAGAAGCUUUUUACCAAGUCGCAUUCUUUGGAGGGGUCAUCCAAGAGUAACGUCAACGGGACCAAGAGUGACAGCCGGGUGGAUGAGCACCACCACAGUCACCAUUCCAAACACAGCAGAAGGAGUAAGAGCAAGGAGCGGAAGCCAGAGGGCAAGCACAAGUCUGGUAUGAGCAGCUGGUGGAGUUCCGAUGACAACCUGGACAGUGACAGCACGUACCGGACACCCAGCGUGGCCAACCGCCACCACAUGGACCACAUCUCCCACUGCUACCCAGAGGCGCUGCAGAGCCCCUUUGGGGACCUCUCCCUAAAGACUUCCAAAAGCAACAGUGAUGUUAAGUGCUCAGCUUGUGAAGGCCUGGCCCUCACGCCAGACACCAGGUACAUGAAGCGUAGCUCCUGGUCCACGCUCACGGUGAGCCAGGCCAAGGAGGCCUACCGCAAGAGCUCCCUGAACCUGGACAAGCCCCUGGUCCACCCAGAGACCAAGCCUUCCCUGCGCCCGUGCCACUACCUCCAGGUGCCUCAGGACGACUGGGGUGCAUACCCCACAGGGGGUAGAGAGGAGGAGAUCCCCUGCCGCAGGAUGAGGAGUGGCAGUUACAUCAAGGCCAUGGGUGAUGAGGAGAGCGGCGAGUCAGACUCCAGCCCCAAAACUUCCCCGACGGUGGCCGUCCGGCCAGAGCCCCUGAUCAAGUCCAUUGUACAAAGACCACUUGGAGACCACCAAACCCAGAGCUACCUGCAAGCUGCCACUGAGGUGCCUGUCGGUCACAGCCUGGACCCAUCAGUCAACUACAACUCCCCGAAGUUCCGGUCCAGAAACCAGAGCUACAUGCGGGCUGUGAGCACCCUGAGCCAGGCCAGCUGUGUGAGCCAGAUGAGUGAAGCAGAAGUUAACGGGCAGUUUGAGUCGGUGUGUGAAUCAGUCUUCAGUGAAGUUGAAUCUCAGGCCAUGGAUGCCCUUGACCUUCCUGGGUGUUUCCGAACGAGAAGUCACAGUUACCUUCGAGCCAUCCAAGCAGGUUACUCCCAAGACGAUGAAUGUAUUCCCGUGAUGACGCCCUCCAACAUGACCUCAACCAUCAGGUCAACAGCAGCUGUCUCCUACACAAAUUACAAGAAGACGCCUCCCCCGGUGCCUCCGCGGACCACCUCCAAGCCUCUGAUCUCUGUGACAGCCCAGAGCAGCACAGAAUCUACGCAGGAUGCCUACCAGGAAAGCCGUGCCCAGAGGAUGUCCCCAUGGCCCCAAGAUAGCCGUGGUGGCCUCUACAACUCCAUGGACAGUCUAGACAGCAACAAGGCCAUGAAUUUGGCUCUGGAAACAGCUGCAGCUCAGCGCCACGCAGCCGACGCUCAGAGUAGCUCUACAAGGAGCAGUGACAAGGCAAUCCUGGUCUCCAAGGCUGAAGAGCUUCUCAAAAGCCGCUGCUCCUCCAUCGGGGUCCAGGAUUCUGAAUUCCCUGAUCAUCAACCCUACCCAAGGUCAGAUGUAGAAACAGCCACGGAUUCCGACACGGAGAGCAGAGGCCUACGGGAGUACCACUCUGUUGGUGUGCAAGUAGAAGAUGAAAAGCGGCAUGGCCGUUUCAAGCGCUCCAACAGUGUCACGGCUGCUGUGCAGGCUGACUUAGAGCUGGAGGGCUUCCCUGGACAUAUCACCAUGGAGGACAAGGGCCUGCAGUUCGGAUCCUCCUUCCAGCGCCAUUCAGAGCCCAGCACCCCGACCCAGUAUGGGGCACUGAGGACUGUGCGGACGCAGGGCCUCUUCAGUUACAGGGAGGACUACAGGACACAGGCGGACACGUCUACCCUGCCACCCCCGGAUCCCUGGCUGGAGCCAUCACUGGACACGGUGGAGGCCGGCAGGAUGUCUCCGUGCCGAAGGGACGGCUCAUGGUUUCUGAAAUUGCUGCACACAGAGACGAAGAGGAUGGAAGGCUGGUGCAAGGAGAUGGAGAGGGAAGCAGAGGAGAAUGAUCUCUCCGAAGAAAUUCUAGGGAAGAUCAGGAGUGCUGUGGGAAGUGCUCAGCUGCUCAUGUCCCAGAAGUUCCAGCAGUUUUAUUGGCUUUGUCAGCAGAACAUGGACCCCAGCGCCAUGCCAAGACCAACGUCACAGGACCUAGCUGGCUACUGGGAUAUGCUACAGCUGUCCGUGGAGGAUGUCAGCAUGAAAUUUGAUGAGCUGCACCAGCUGAAGCUCAAUGACUGGAAGAUAAUAGAGUCACCCGAAAGAAAGGAAGAAAGGAAGAUCCCCCCUCCAAUACCAAAGAAGCCCCCCAAGGGGAAAUUCCCCAUCACGAGGGAAAAGUCCCUGGACCUGCCAGACAGACAGCGCCAGGAAGCCCGGCGCAGGCUCAUGGCAGCCAAGAGAGCCGCCUCCUUCCGCCAGAACUCCGCAACGGAGAGGGCAGAUAGCAUCGAGAUCUACAUCCCCGAGGCCCAAACACGGCUCUGA